AUAUAAAAAAAAAAAAAAAAGAAUAAAAAUCUUCACACCACUGUUUUUUACGCAUGGUUAAGCACUGGGCUUGAGACCAGAGAAUUUCAGUUCAAACCCUAGCCUGACCGGAACAUUACUACGGGCCCUUGGGCAAGAUCCUUAAUGCCCAAGUUGCUCCCGAUGUGUAGUAAGCGCCUUGCAUGGCGGCACCCUGACAUCGGGGUGUGUUUGUGUGAAUGGGUGGCUGUGAGGCAUAAUUGUAAAGCGCUUUAAGCCUCUGGUACAGAUGGAAAAUAGGAUUAUAAAUGCAGUCCUUUUACCAUGUUAAAAUACAGGACAGAUUUUUUUGUGUGUUUAAACAAUCUGAAUAAAACACGUGUAAAUGUAUUUCUAAAAUGCUUAAUCAGUAUACAACCAAAGCGGAAUAUUAUUUUGAAAACGUAGUAACAGGAAGUUUGCUGUACUAAUGUUGUGUGUAACUUGACGCAGUUGUCAGACAUCUCAGGAAUUCAAUACGAACAGGACACCGCGGGGACGGAGUUACUCAAAAUCAUCACGUUACUGGCCACAACGUCAAGGAAUUUUAACUUUUUUUUUCCCCAGAAAAGACAUCAUCCGUUACAACCACUGCAGCAUGUGGAUGUGAAGUCGGACGCCUCAGAUUUUGGGACUUCUGGACACCCUCCUUCUUCUUUGCAACAUUGGGACUGCUUGAAGUUGUCUUCAUCUCCUUAAUCACUGUCAUACAUGCUCUUACAUGAAGAGAGGGGAGAAACCCGAAGGAUACAGACAGAUGGGGCCAAUAAUAUUCCCCACCAGUAACUACAGUGGUAACAGCCAGCAAAUGUUGCAGGAAAUACGAAAUAGCCUGCGCAACUUGUCCAAGCCCUCUGACCCACCUAAAGUGGACACUGGUGUUGGAAAGAUGGUUCCUGAGGACUCGAAGCAAUCGGGACGUUGUGGUAACACAAAAAACGCCUACCAUAAAGCCUUACAAGAGAUCCGCAAGUCCCUGCAACCUUUCGCCAAUGAACCCAGCGGAUCUGGAACUACGUCUGAGGUGAACAAACACAUACUGCUGGACCCCACAUCUGCUGGCUUUGAGGAGGAACUGGUCAAUCCUGCCAUUAAGCAGUGCAACAGUCGCUGUGUGGGGGCUGCUGUCGACUACAUGAGUAAGGUGAACUACCAGGACUCCAUGAGGGAGCAGAUGGCGGUCAGCAGCUCCAACAGUCCUGGCAUGAAAAGCACAGGUUCAUCCCACAUCCAGCCAUCUGUUCUGAGGAGGCCAAGCUGGAAGGGCUCUAAGGAGUCUUUGGCUCCACGACAUGGUCCUCAUAUUGUAGAAGGAAUGAUGUACCGUUCUGAUAGUCCUGGACCGCAGGUGGACCUGCUGGCUACACGCCCACCGUCUGCGUAUCCUCAGGGUCACCCUGCUAAUAGCCAGAGAGUCAACCCACCACUGCCGCCUCAAGUUCGCAGUGUUACACCUCCACCUAAUCGGGGCAUGCUACCUCCUGGGUCAUCCUGGGAGAACAACCCGGCGACCAAACGCUUCUCUGGUAACAUGGAUUACCUUUUGCCCCAAGGGUACCCCACACCGGCACCUCAGUGUCAGCGCGGGAUCGGCUCUGGGCCGGUGGGCCACCAGCCGAUUAUAAUGCAAAGCUCAGGAGGGACUAAGUUCCCCUUCCCCCCCAACUGGUCUCAGAAUGGCUCCCCUCAAACAGAAUACAUAGCGGGGGGCAGCCGACAACCCCCUCCCCCUUACCCUGUCAAUCAGAGCAGUCGGCACAGUCCCACUGACCAGCAGAUGCAGGCUGUAGGACCUGCGUCCUCUCCCUCUUAUGUCAACGGUGGCAACCUCCCUCAGUCCAUGAUGGUCCCCAACCGGAACAGUCACAACCUCGACUUGUACAACAUGGGGCCUCCUCAGUCCUGGUCCCAGUCCCAGCUUGCCCACAACCAAUCACAAUCGUCUGGCAAUAACAACCAGGAUCAGUCGCCAUCAUGGCAGAACAACGUGCCGGUCCGAUCCAAUUCCUUUAACAACCACCAGCUGAACGGCAGACCGACACACCCGCCCAGCUCUCAGCCCUCUGCCACAACGGUCACAGCCAUCACCCAGGCUCCCAUCCUGCAGCCGGUCAAAAGCAUGCGAGUGCAGAAACCUGAGCUGCACACUGCCGUUGCUCCGACACACCCUCCAUGGAUGCAGCAAACCCCAAACCCAGGAGUUACAAGUAACUAUCCAGAGCCAUCACCCCCAGUACCUCAGAUCCCUGUAGUAUCUGAAGUGCCCAGUUAUCAGGGCCCCCCACCUCCCUACCCUAAGCACCCUCCUCCAGCAGGCGGGUGCACCAUGCCCACCGGCUUACGACUCAGGUGCCAUCAGGCAGGCCGCAGGCAGGGAGGAGCCUCCUGAUGAGGAAGUCGGCGGCAGUGAGAGUUCCUGGGACAAGCCGACAGAAACACCAGAAGCAUCGCAAGUACGGAGAAGGAGAAGAAGCAGAUAACAACAUCGCCGGUUCCUGUGCGUCGUACCAAGAAAGAGGAGGAGCGCAGCAGGGGGGAGUCCAGGGUUGCGCUGUAUUCCCCUCAGGCCUUCAAGUUCUUCAUGGAGCAGCAUGUGGAAAAUAUCCUAAAGAACCACCAGCAGCGGAUCCGCAGGAGGAAGCAGCUGGAAAGUGAGAUGCAAAGGGUGAGUAUCAAUAACGAAAGUCAGACGCAGAUGCGCAUGAUGCUCUGUCAGAAGGAGUCCAACUACAUCCGGCUGAAGCGGGCCAAGAUGGAAAAGUCCAUGUUCAAACGAAUUAAGACUCUGGGCAUUGGAGCUUUUGGCGAGGUGUGCUUGGCCAGAAAGGAGGACACGGGCGCGCUGUACGCCAUGAAGACACUUCGUAAAAAGGACGUGCUGCUGAGGAAGGUGGCCCACGUCAAGGCUGAGAGGGACAUCCUGGCUGAGGCCGACAACGAUUGGGUAGUGCGACUCUACUACUCCUUCCAAGACAAAGACAACCUGUACUUGUCAUGGAGUACAUCCCCGGAGGGGGACAUGAUGAGCCUCCUCAUUCGGCUCGGUAUUUUCAAGGAAGAGUUGGCCCAGUUCUACAUAGCGGAGCUCACCUGUGCUGUGGAAAGUGUCCACAAAAUGGGCUUCAUCCACCGCGACAUCAAGCCUGAUAACAUCCUCAUCGACCGAGACGGACACAUAAAGCUGACCGACUUUGGCCUUUGUACCGGCUUCCGCUGGACGCACGACUCCAAAUAUUACCAGAGUGGUGACCACGCGAGGCAGGACAGCAUGGACUUCAGUAAGGAGUGGGAAGACCGGCUAACUGCCGCUGCACAGGACCGGCUGAAGCCUCUGGAGAGGAGGAAGGCCCGGCAGCACCAGCGCUGUUUGGCGCACUCUGUGGGAACGCCAAACUACAUCGCCCCAGAAGUGUUACUGCGGACAGGGUACACUCAGCUCUGUGACUGGUGGAGUGUUGGCGUCAUCCUGUAUGAAAUGGUUGUGGGACCCCCUUUCUUGGCUACCACGCCCCUGGAAACUCAGCUGAAGGUGAUCAACUGGAAGAGCACACUAACAUUCCACCGCAAGCAAGCUGAGCCCACAGGCAUCGGACCUCAUAUCAAGCUAUGUCGAGGCCCCGACGACCGCCUCGGCAAGAAUGGCGCUGAGGAAAUCAAAGCUCACCCUUUCUUUAACACCUUCAACUUCUCCAGUGACCUGCGCCAGCAGGUGGCGCCCUACAUCCCCACCAUCGCUCACUGUACAGACACCUCCAAUUUUGACCCUGUGGAUCCAGAGAAGCUGUGGAGCAGCAAUGGCGAGGGGGAGGGCAAUCACAACGACACCCUCAGCGGCUGGUUCCGCAACGGCAAGCACCCCGAACACGCCUUCUAUGAGUUCACCUUCCGCCGCUUUUUUGACGAUAACGGUCACCCGUACAGCUGUCCCAAACCAAUAGAGUAUGAGAGUUAUAACGAGGACUAGGUGG